AUGGGGCCAUGCCGCUAUUGUGCGCCUGCUUCUCAAACACAGCAGGGUGGAUGUGAAUUCCAAGACCACUAUGGAAACACGCCACUGGCACUCGCCGCUGAGGAAGGGUACGAACCCGUGGUAAACGCCCUACUAAAGCGAGAAGAAGUCCAAGCCGACUCGAGAAAUGCCUUCAAUGCCACACCGUUAGCGUUGGCAGCUGAACGAGGACAUCAAAGAGUGGUGGUCUGCCUGCUCCAGCGCCAUGACGUGGAGGCCGACUCGAUUGACAAGGAGGGCUGUACACCUCUCUCGCGGGCCGCGGCGAUGGGAUUUGAGAACAUAGUCCGCAUACUUCUCGGCCAAUCAGGCGUGGAAAUCAAUUCGAAGGACAAAGACGGAUAUACGCCUCCGGCAUGGGCGGCGCGAAGAGGCCAGAGCGCGGUUGUCCAAGUGCUGGUCGAACAAGAUGAAUUGGAUAUAGAUUCGAGAGAUGAUGAUGGAUAUACAGCUGUUAUGCUAGCAAUGGAUGAAGGGCACGGGGAAGUCGUACAAAUGCUCACUCAAUCAGUCGAGGCUGGAUGA